AUGCUCAUACUGGGGCUGACGAGAAGUUCAGCGUAUUCUGAUGGAGCUACUCAAUCAGGUUUCCAACUCAAGGUACCAUUGGUCGAACUCAAGAUGUCGUUGUGGAUCAAGGACCACCUUGAGACUUCAUCUACGCUGAAGAAGCUACUUUUGAUGCUUGUUCUCUAUGGUACUUCUAUGGUGAUAGUGGAUGGUAUUGUCACACCAGCAAUGUCAGGUUCAUAUAUUUCUGUUGCAUUGUUCGUCGUAUUUCUCUUCACCCAGUCUUAUGAUCUUACAUAUUUGCUUUCAGCAGUACCAUUGUGUUACCAGUUUUCGUCUUCUCACAGUAUUACUUGCAUUUUUUUUCCUGUCGGUAAAAUCUGCAGUGAUAACUGCUGUCAAUGGCUUGAAGGUUGGAAUAUCUAG